AUGAGUACCGCAAUGGAGGACGUCACUCCCUCUAGUGAACAGACUCAAUCAUCCUCAUCUUCAUCUUCAGCUGUUGGAAAGCGAUUUGAGAUUAAGAAAUGGAGCGCAGUGGCGCUAUGGGCUUGGGAUAUUGUCGUUGAUAACUGUGCAAUUUGUCGCAAUCAUGUUAUGGAGCUCUGUAUAGAGUGUCAAGCUCAAGGUCCUCAAGCACAUCAAGAGGAUUGCACUGUUGCUUGGGGUGUAUGCAAUCACGCGUUUCACUUUCAUUGUAUUUCGCGUUGGUUAAAAACGCGUCAAGUGUGUCCACUAGAUAAUACUGAUUGGGAAUUUCAAAAGUAUGGAAAAUAG